AUGAACCAUAUGGAGAAACAUAAUCAUACUGCAGUCUCCAAAGUGACAGAAUUUAUUCUCCUGGGGCUCACUGACAGCCCAGGGCUGCAGGCACCUCUUUUUGGAGUCUUCCUGGUCAUAUACUUGGUCACAGUGAUGGGCAAUCUGGGCAUGGUUAUCUUGACCCAUUUGGACUCCAAGCUACAUACUCCCAUGUACUUUUUCCUUAGACAUUUGUCGAUCACUGAUCUUGGUUACUCCACUGUCAUUGGCCCCAAAAUGAUGGUCAACUUUGUGGUGCACAGAAAUACAAUUUCCUACCAUUGGUGUGCCACCCAGCUAGCCUUCUUUGAGGUUUUCAUCAUCACUGAACUGUUCAUCCUAUCAGCAAUGGCCUAUGAUCGCUAUGUCGCCAUCUGCAAGCCUCUUUUGUACAGGGUCAUCAUGGCAGAGAAAGUGUGUUGGGGACUGGUACUUAGUCCCUAUCUCUAUGGCACUUUCGUGUCACUAUUUCUCACCAUUAAGUUAUUUCAAUUGUCCUUCUGUGACUCUAACAUCAUCAGUUACUUUUACUGUGACUGCCUGCCUCUGAUAUCCAUGCUCUGCUCCGACACACAUGAGUUAGAAUUGAUCAUUUUGAUCUUUUCAGGGUGCAAUUUGCUCUCUUCCCUCUUGGUUGUUCUUGUGUCUUACAUGUUUAUUCUUGUGACCAUUCUCAGAAUGAACUCAACGGAGGGGAGAUACAAAGCCUUCUCCACUUGUAGUUCCCAUCUGACAGUGGUGGUCGUGUUCUAUGGGACAUUAUUGUUUAUUUACCUGCAACCCAAAUCCAGCCAUGCUUUUGCUAUUGAUAAAAUGGCCUCUGUGUUUUACACCCUAGUGAUCCCUAUGCUGAAUCCAUUGAUCUAUAGCCUGAGGAACAAAGAAGUAAAAGAUGCUCUGAAGAGAACUUUAACUAAUCAAUGCAAAAUGUCCCAUUAA